ACAGCGAUAGUAUCUUGUGAUUGUUUAGUUUAGUUGGUGACUGUUUUUUUUUUAUUUCAAUGCCUCUAUGGCUUUGUCAGUCUUCAUCAUUUUCAUACUUUUAAACGAGAUCAAGAAGAAAGUUUCAAUAGAGAAAAGGUAAUAUCGCUGUUGUGGCAGUUGGGGUCUAUCUCAAUCAAUGUAAUGUUCAAAGCAAAAUCAACUGCUAACUCUCUAACCAACAUAACCUAGCUAGCUUGCUAGAGUAUCUUUCUAUGCCUACCAUCAAAGAUUGAAUUAGUGCUACUGUAAUACGCUGUAGUUAGAGGGAGAGAUUGAUUAGAAUAGCAAUAGAUAGAUAGAUAGAUGGAUAUAUUUUUAACUGGCAAAAAAAUCUGUUUCUUGAUGCUUCUCUUUCUCUCCUGCUUAUAUCUAUUAGUGGUUUCGUUGUUGUCCAAUGUGACGUCAUCUGAAAAAGUUCAAAACGACGAUAAGGGUAACGUCGGGGUACAAUUCCAACGAUCCAAGAGUAACUGGCCUGUCCCUGGAGCCAACAAAAACCACUUACACGUUUUUGUGCAGGUCUCAGAUCUUCAUAUAAGUGUCUUCUUUGACUCAAAAAGAUAUGUCGAUUUUUCUCAUUUCCUUAAGACCUCGUUGAGUCUCAUUAGGCCAGAUGUCGUCCUUUUAACAGGUGACAUAACCGAUGCAAAAUUGAGGAAUUUUGAAGGCUCUGAGCAAAAUUUAAAAGAAUGGCAGAUAUACCAAAGUAUUUUAAACAACUCCAAAAUUUUGAAGAAAACUGUCUGGCUUGAUACCAGGGGGAACCAUGAUGCCUUUGAUGUUAGAGACACCCAGAGCCAAAAUAAUUACUUCAAAAAGUACUCAGUAAAAGGGUUAGGCGGACAAUUAUCGUAUCAUUAUCAGCACCGGACCCCGGAUGGAGAUGUGACGUCAUUCAUUGCCGUCGAUGCUUGCCUCAAUCCCGGCCCUAAAAGGCCCUUCAACUUUUUUGGCAUGUUGCAAGAAGUAUGUACAUGUAUUGGUGUAUGUGUUUUUCUGAGAAAUGCUUCAGAAAGCUCUAAUGUUACAAUCCUAUUUGGUCACUAUCCAACGUCUGUUAUCAGCAGUCCUAGUUCUGCCUAUGUUCGGAGUCUUUUUAGGUCUGGUCUUGCCUAUUUCUGUGGCCAUUUGCAUACCUUUGCUGGGAUGCUUCCGAACAUGUACACCCAUCACAAGGAAGGCUUUCUAGAAUUGGAACUUGGUGAUUGGAAAGACAGUAGGCUUUAUCGAAUUAUAGCGCUGGACCACGGCAUGAUGUCGUUCGUUGACGUCAUCAACAAGAGAUACCCCAUCAUCAUCGUGACCAAUCCCAAAGAUGAAAAGUUUGCUGUUGAGGGCAAGGAACCUCUUGAGAAUAUACAUCUAUCCACACACAUUCGUCAUUACAUCAUCGUCGUCAUCGUCGUCAUCACCACUACUAGAUUCAAAGACAUUGACCAGAGCAUGAGUGGCCUGUAUGUGUUGCAAUGGGACCCCAGCUUGUACAAGCAAGGUUUCCAUGUUAUCGAAGUUACAGCUACUCCUGAACAUGGUAAAGCGAAAGUGAAACAGGGAUUUUCGAUGGAUGGUUCUAAGAGUAGUUUUGGUUUUGUGCAGAGAUUCGUGCUAAAGAUGGAUCAUACCUAUCUUUUUAAAGUAUGCUUCACACUGGCCUACAUUGCCUCCAUAUUCCCACUCCUAUUCUUUAGAAUCAACAACGUCAAAAUCAUGGUUCUCACCCGUUCAAAAGCGGUAAACAUAAUAUUAAGAACGGUUCACAUCUGGUUGCAGAGGUUCUGCUUGUUAACAUCUGUCGGUAGGAUAUACUACCCUCUCCUUACUUACAAUCUCUACAUUGUUGUCGGUCCUUGGUUUAUUGGCUACGUGUUAUCAGAGCACAUUGGAGCUUGCUUUCUGUUUGGAAUUGUAGUGGAUGGUACAUUAAUCUACACCUCGCUUACCUACCUGUACGGGUUUUUUCAGCUCCUCCUCUUCAACAUUCCUCUAAUGUUGUACCUCUCGAAGUUUCUCGACCUCUCCAACAACAGCAACAAUUGCAGCAGCACUUGCUGUCAAAGCAACAACAACGACAACAAUAACAAAAGCUGUUGUAGAAGCAGUAGCAGCAGAAAAUGUUGCAGCAACAGUAGCAGCAGCAGCAGAAGAUGUUGCAGCAGUAGUAGCAGCAGCAGUAGAAGAUGUUGCAGCAGCGGUAGCGGUAACAAAAAAUGUUGCAGAAGUAGUAGUAGUAGUAGUACGGGUUGUGGUGUUAACGGCGGGAUUCCUUCUUUAAGAGUUGUUUCUCCUAUUUUUGAACUGAAUUUUCCGAAAAUGAUGCAACAGUACGUCCUGGCCCCUAUCAGGCAUGUCUACAGACACCUCAUCCUCUUCGUCGUCGUCAUCUUCCAAGUUUAUCUCAUUCUCACUGGCUUUCUCAAAUCGUACGGGUUCCUUGCUUUCAUGCUAUGUCCAUUGAGGACCUGGGCCAUCCUGUUGGCUCUCUACCUGCACUAUCAAAUCCAUCGCUACACUCAGUCCAAAACAUCGAAUCCGAUGACGAAGACGAUGAAGCGGCACGACAGUGACGUCAUUGAUGACGUCAAC